AUGGUUCAAGCUAUCAAACUAAAUGAUUUAAAAAACAGGAAGAGAAAAAAUGCAGAGGAAGAAAAUGGCAGUGAAGAGUCAGAAAUUGACAUCAGUAGUACCGAUUCAGAGAACGAAGAAGAGCAAAAUGGAGAAGAAGAGAUCGUAAAUAUUGACUUCGAUUUUUUCGGUGGUAACCCAGAUGUUGAUUUCCACGCUUUAAAGAACUUAUUGCGUCAGUUAUUUGGUCCCCAAGAAAGUGCCAGGAUUCAACUAAGCAACCUUGCAGAUUUAAUCCUAGGUUCCCCAACCACCACAAUUAAAACCGACGGUAAAGAAUCUGAUCCAUACUGUUUUCUUUCCUUCGUCGAUUUCAAGGCUAAUCACCUCAGUGAUUAUGCCAAAUAUUUACAAAAAGUGGACAUGAGACUCUCUACUUUUUUCAAAACUAUCAUCGAUAGCGGCAACAAAAACUGUGCUUUGGUUCUCAGUGAAAGGCUGAUUAAUAUGCCACCGGAAGUCGUCCCACCUUUAUAUAAGAUUACAUUAGAGGAUGUUGUCGCGGCACUUGGAGAUGAAAAACAUUAUGAUUUCUAUGUCAUCGUUUCCAGGAAGUAUGAAGUAAAUUUUGACACUGACGAUGAUACUGGAUUUGGUAAGAAGAGUAAAAGUAAAGAUGAAAGAUCAAAAAAAAGGGUGAAGGCCGACGAAGUAGACUACUUUCAUGAGGAAGACCGGUUUUUUGAAAAGUAUGCCAAGAUUCACUUCGAAUCAGAAGCUAAAAAGGGUGUUAUCAGCUCAUAUAUGAUUCUUGACCACGACGGCCUUGUCAAAAGUAUCGAUGAAUUGGAAACAGAAAUUUCCACUUGGUAA